GUAUGGGUUACCUUUAAUGAGGUAUGGAAUCGUAUCAAACGAGAAAAUAAAGAACAAAUUAGUACCGAACUGCAAAUGGCUGCCGACAAAUUCAGAGCACUGCACGAGCAGGCCGUCAGUACAACCGCUGCGGCAGAGAGAGAGCGUGUGGCGAAAGAGAAGCUCAUGAACGAACAACUGCAGCGAGUGAUGAUCCAGACGCACGGGAAUGAUCUCAGGCGCCGAGUCAAGACCGAACUUCAGAAACACGAUCUGGAACAAAAUGCACGCCGAUCAGACAUGGAACGCCGACUACGGCUACUCAAUAUCCAGGAGAACGAUCUGAGAGACGCAGCGCUGGAACUACUACACACUGAGGAAGCAGAGAGAGAUGCAGAGGUAGCCGACGACCAAACACGUGCACAGGCGGUGGAUGAGCACGUGCGCACGAUGAAGAAUGAGAGCGUACGAUUGGACGAGAAGGCGCAGCGGUUGACGCGGCAGAGACAGUUGAAGCUGGAGAUACGACGGGAACAGUUAAGACAGAUGGAACGGCAGAAGGGCACCCGAGACUUUGAACGUAAUCUGCAGGAUGUGCUUAAACGGGAGAGAGAGGCUAUAAUGCGGGAGGAGGGGGAGUUAGCACGCGCGAAUAAAGAACGACAUUAAACGGUAUAUACGUACGGAUUAGAGUGUAUGGGUUUAGAUUUUAUCAUUUGGGUACGAGGCUGUGGUGGUAUGGAAAAUGAAGGUAGCUUAAAUGUGGCAUCAACGGCUUACCAACGGACACGGG